GAUGACCACCACCACCACCACCCCCCCCCCAUCUCUCUCCCAUUGCUCCGCCGUGACGCUUCGGGCUCACGGCCUUAACGCGGAGCCAAGACGGAAGGGGGCUGCGAAACGUCGUCUCGUUAAUACCUUGAAGGCGAUUCCCAGGCGGGAAAGAACGACGUCGUACGAGAUCGCGCUGCUCGCCAACGCCGUUUUGCUGGGAGACGCCCGCCCGAGUUGCUUUCACCUCCGCAUCUUUCGAAGGCCCAGAUCCCAACCCCGAGAAGAGAGAGAGACCACCUUUUUAUUAUCCCGCCAUAUCGUUACUUGUUUCGCUUGGUUUAUUGUUGUUGUUGCUGUUCUAACGCGAGGGCCUUGCUAUUGACGAGUUGUGUUGGGACCGUUGUUCUCAUUUGUGCCCGGUCUGCAACUGUGUGUACGCGUGUGUUUUAAAUUGAGAGUGCUUGUGGUUACGACCGAGUGUAAUUUCUGCCGUACAGUGGCGUGCAUGGCAUUGUAGGUGCUCGCUUAACACUCCCGUCCAAGGCCAUACGGAGAGAUUGUUUUGCCUGUUGUAUCGCACCCUGCAACAUCUAUAUAUGUUGCAAACAGUGCAAUGUAUGCAUGUGUGCGUGUGUGUAUAUAUAUGAACCACCAGUAUUGUAUGUAAUAAGAUAUGCGUUUGCCAUGCUCAGCACGUCAACUCGCUCGCAGGCCGUGGUGUCACCAACACUGCUGGAGUGAAAUUCAUCACGCCGUUGUCCGAUCAUAAUGGGGUGGGAGGAUUGUGUGACCAUACUUCACCACGCCGACGUGGACAAUUUGUCUUAAAUUGGAGGAAGAAUUUUCGACGGUGAGGAGACGUUCAGAUUUUCGGAGCCGACUGUCAACUGCUGCUGGGGGAAAGAGCUUGCAGUGCAGCAGAAGCCGCAGUACCCAGUGUGGGCGCUCACCUCGAAGGACUCAUGUACAGCGACGAGAACAACAUGGAUUCUGUUAGCCUGGCGUCCCGCGACACCAACUGGCUGCUGCUGGAGGUGUGCCGCGAGUUCCAGAGGAGCUCGUGCUCGCGCACGGCGGAGGAAUGCCGCUACGCGCAUCCACCGCAGCACGUGAACAUCUCCAACGGGCGCGUCAUAGCCUGCUUCGACUUCCUCAAGGGGCGCUGCUCGCGCGAGAACUGCAAGUAUCUCCAUGCGCCGCCUCACCUCGCAACGCCGGCCGGUGCAGGAGGACCUCACCAUUCAGCAGUAGGAGGCACCAAGAGGGCUCAACUCCCAAUAGGAGGGAGCGGGGCUGGUCUCUUCGAAGAAGGGAGCAUGAACAGUGACGUGGCGCUGGCGGUCACCGUCUCGAACCAGGCUGGCUCCCGCGACAACAACUGGCUCAUGCUGGAGGUGUGCCGCGACUUCCAGAGGGGCACGUGCUCGCGCACGGAGGACGAGUGCCGCUACGCACACCCACCCAAACACGUCACCGCCCCCCACGGCCGCGUCAUAGCCUGCUUCGACUUCGUCAAGGGGCGCUGCACACGCGAGAACUGCAAGUAUUUCCACCCGCCCAAGCAUUUCAAGAUGCAGCUCGAGAUCAGUGGAAAAAAUCAUGGGAUCCAACAAAAGAAUGUCACGGCGAUUUCGCAAAUGCAGAUGACGGCUCCCUCCAUGCUCGCCCCCGUGCACCCGUACCCGCAGCUGAGUGCGCAACCCCAGGCUGCGUCUUCUUUGUCCUAUGGGAAUUACCUUGCUUCUUCGCUGACCCCGGCGGUGACCUAUCCCUCGCCGGAAAUCCUGGCCAAAGCGGCCGGGGUCCCUACUGCCUAUGCCACGCUCGUGAUGAACGCAAUGCAAGCAGCUGCAUCCCUGCAGCUCGGCACGCAGACCCCACUCCGUCCUGACAAGCUGGAAGUGUGCACGGAAUUCUUGCGUGGCAGCUGCCCGCUGUUGAACACCAGCUGUCGGCUGGCACACCCCCCCGAGCUGAAGCUGAUGGAUCCAGUUGAUGGUCGAGUCACUGUGUGCAUGGACUUCGUCAUGGCCCGUUGCAUGCGCCCAAAGUGCCGAUACUUCCAUCCGCCGCUGCACCUGCAGGCCAUGGUCAAAGCGUUGCAUCACCAGGCCAACCAAGCAGCUGCUGCCGCCGCCAAUGCAGCAACCCCAACUGCGGCGAAAUCCUUAAAAAGACCUCACGACGCUGCUCAGAAUGCAGAGGAGGAGGAGGUGGUGGAGGAAGAGCAACUGGAAGAGAGGAAGAAGCGGUUUGGGGUGGUGAAUGAGUCUUCGGCUGUUGCUGCUGAUGAUACGGAGACUUAGAAGCGAAAGAGAGCAGACCGUUUUGCAUUGCAUAAACGUGUGCAGUUUGUACCCUUCUAUUUCAUACUCUAACUUUUAAGGUAAAGGAAGGGGUGAUGCAUUUUUCCAAUAAAAUCCAUUCAGUUGCAUUGGCACACAUUGUCCUGUGUGUUGCUUUCUACGGAUGAAGUAAUGCAGCCAUUGGAAGCGUUUGAAAUUGUCACAUUUGUAUGUGGGCUAUUUUUUAUUCGUACACAAGAUAUUGUGUCCACGCGUGGAGAUAUAAAUUAGUAAUGUUUAAGGAAAUAGCUAACACUGUUUCCAGCUAGUUGGACAAAUGACUUCACUUAGACAUUUUUCUUGCCAAGUGCAUUUAAAAUAAGGACAGGUACAUAUUUUCCCUGGUUCUAAGUGAUCAUUUUAAAGUUGGUACAAUGUUUUGUACUUUUAUUUUCCAAAACACGAACAACUUAUUCGAGCAUUGGAAAUCGACUUUGUCUAACCACGUGUUUUAUUUCAAUACAGUAAUUAUCCAUGUUUAUCAUGUGAACUUGGUUAUUCUGCGGAACUGUAAUGUGUGAGUUCAUUUGUAUCGUUCAUUUAAAAAGUAAGCUGGUGAUUGAUAAAUAAACAUGUCAAAUGAGUCAGCUGUGCUGAAUUGCCAAAUGCUUUCAAGCUUUACGCUGGCCCUUUAUAGUGAAACGGCAUCUGCAUUUCCAACUGCACAUACGCUGCGGCCCUUCUGCUGUGCCUCCCCAUUGACUUCAGCAGCCCAGUUCGACCAAUGGAGAGUAGAGUUCAUCGCAUCACUGAGGUAGAGCCGGAAUAUCUAAUUGUUUAAGGAAUUGAUUACCGUUGAUCGGUUCGGUUUUACUUAACUCAUCGAAUAACGCGGAAGUGGUUGGGGAAAAAAAAUCAUGCCUCUAUUCGCACGUGUGCCGCUGGAUGGGGAGGUGAUGAAGUGAGGCUUGUCUUUUGGAGGCAGGAUUUUCGGUUUUGCCAGCAUUUUUAAAGACACCUGAAUAAUUGACUUUAAAAAAGUUGACAAUAUUGAGUCGAUUAAUAGACUUUAUUGACGAAUCGUUCCACUUGCAAUGCGGAUUGCGGAGGCCGUUACACACUUGUGUAGAGUCCAUGGAUAUGGACUGCAACGUGGGUGGUCUUGAACUCCUGGGUGCUACCCUACUCCAAGACGGUAUGGGGCAGAGAGGUACAAGGCUGUUCUCUUUAUGUUAGGGUUUUACGUCGGUCUGCCAUUGAAAAUUUUUAAUAUAAAUACCCAAGCAAUAGAUGCUAAUCAAAGUAGCCGAUUGGAUUAAUUCGAACAUUUCUUACAAUCUGGGGAGUAUUUUGACGUGCGAGGGUAAAUGCUUUGGAGAUAAAUUUAAGGAUUGCUCUAGGCAAAUUGGCUUUUGGCAAAACAUUUUCGACCAAAGCAGGAUGCUAUUUUAAGAUCCAGCCAGGUGGUUUGUGAAGGUUGCAAGUUAAAAUCCUUGUUGGGGGAUGCCAGCCCAUCAUCCUUCUGGGUUCGGUAAAAUAGAUAACUACUUUGUGGGGAAGUCGGCAAAUGGUCCCGUAGUUAGACUCACCCCCGCCACAUGAAUGUGGAAUGUAACACCACUGGCUCAGGGCUGUAAAUGGAUUAGCACCGCCUCAAUAAUUUGUUGCAGGAAAUCGUAAAGGUUUUUUUUUGUAUAAAAAUUCUGAAGAAACUUUUAAAGGCCUUUGGAUUUUGAGCCAUUGCCCAAAGGUAAGUCAAUAUACGUGUGUCCACGACGGACGUGAUGAGAAUUUGUGUUUGUGCACCACUGCUAAAAUGAAUGAAUGCACUCGAGAUGUGGACCACGUGGAAGGAAGACGUCGGACCUCGGUUGUGAGUGUGGUUGAGAUGGUGACGGAAAAAGGAACUGUACCGAGGUUAUUAUGGAGCUGGUAUAAAUUGGUUCGGAAUAAUAAAGUGAAAGGAAAAAAUCUG